AUGAAGAAAAGAAAAGAUGAAGUCGAGGAGGAUGAGGGAGAAGAGGAAGAGGAAGUGGAGAAAGAGUACAAUGAAGAAGAUAUGAGAAAGAGAAUGUAUAAAAAUGAACUACUGGCAUUGUGUAUAAAGAUGGGUAUCGAUUCAACUUUAAAAGAAACCAAAGAAGUAAUGAUACAAAAGAUUAUUAAACAACGACAACAACAACAACAACAAAAAAAAGAACAAAAAGAAAAGAAUGAAGAGAAUGAAGAAGAAGAAGAGGAAACAACAACUAAAAUAUACUUGGAAGGAGAAUUAAAAAAGUUGAAAAAGGAACAACUAUUCAAACUUUGA